AUGGUGUUUAGUGAUGACGAUGAUGAAGGUGCUGCCGCGAAGACCGAACGAAGGCUGGUCAAGAGGGCGAGUUCUCCCGUGCUUGUAGCCUCGGACGAAGAGGAGGACCCACGUCCCAGAAAGCGAGGGAAGCUUACGAAGGAGCGUCCGCAAAGCCCAGAGGACUUGAUGGACGAGGUAGAUGAGAAGAGAAUCAUCACGUCCCGUUUCAGGAAGCGCGAUAAACGUUCUACCUUCCAGAAGACCUUGGAGAAGCUGAAGCGCAAGAAGCGUGGCGAAGCAACCGAGUCCUCGGCGUCUGAAGAGGAAGAAGAGGAUCAGUACGACGACGCACCGUUUCCUCAUGCUCACCCGGACGCCAACGGCGACGAAGAUGAAGACGAAGAUGAGGGUGAAUCUUCUCGUGGAGACGAAUUCAAUGAUUCGUUCAUCGUGGAGGAUGACACAAGUCAGUUGGUGGAGCUGCCCCCGGAGUUCAGCAUGGGAAGUUACCAAGACCUGCUGCACCACUUCAAGAUUGUGUGCCAAAUGUUCGUACAUAUAGCCGUUCAUGAAGAAGAAGAACGAGAGCAAAUCGCGUUGGAGCUGCAGCGCCAACAAUACUUUUCCGUCCCACUCAAGAUCACACGCAGGAAGCUUGAAGGCAUGCGAGACUCCAUCGUGGCAGGUUCUACCUGGAAGCCCUGGUUCCGGAAGGCCUUGAACAGAUAUCCGGACUACGAAGAGCAGUUCCUCGAUUUCACAGUCCCUGGUUGCGACGCAUGCCAUCUUGGUUCCCGUAAAUCGACCAAACAAGGGAGGCUCAGCGGACUGCCUUACGAAUCUCUGACAUAUCAGUCUUUUCCCGAGGAAGUGACAGACAGCAGCGAGGAGGAAGGGUCUGAGGAAUCGAGCAAGAAGAAGGAGUUCGUUUUCGGACGUUUCUGUGCGAAGCGGACUCGGACGUACCAUCGGUUCACCCAUUGGGAGUAUCAUCUCUUCCAUGCAUUGCGCGAGGAGGUCGACUCCUUGAAAGCCUCUCAAGCAGACCGGAGUUUUGUGAAGGUCGCGUACGCGAAAGGCAAGCAGCCUCCGCGGGACCUGAAGGACGCGGACGCGAUCAUGGACUGGUUGGACGAGCGCCAGGUGAUCAACUUCCAAUGGCAGGAGCUCAAGACCAUGAUGAACGAUGCGCACAACUUGGAGGUCAGGGGCAAGAAGGGCGACGACUCCGAUUAA